AUGAAGCAGUUCGUGCUGAUGGCGGUUGCCCUCGUCGGUCUUACGGCCGCCCAGUUCCCGAACGGCAGAACCCUCGAUGCACCCAAUCCAGCCCUGUGCGCCAGCCGCAUCAUCCACGAGCGUGCACCGGACGGCAAAGGCUACUUCUUCUCCUGGCGCGAUCCAACACUACGGGGCGUGGAGAAGGAUUGGCUAGAUGCGAGAAAUUUCUGCCGCCAGCGCUGCAUGGACAGUGUGUCCGUUGAGACGAGCCCGGAAAAUGAGUGGAUCAAGCAGAGAAUCGUGGAAGGACGGCAAAAGUACAUCUGGACCAGCGGGCGGCUGUGUGACUUCAAGGGAUGCGACCGUCCCGAUCUGCAGCCGACGAACGUAAACGGAUGGUUCUGGACGGCCGAGCUGCAGAAGCUCGCCCCAACGACGGUGCGCAACCAGAACGAUUGGUCCGAGGGUGGCGGCAUCGGCAAACCACAGCCGGACAACCGCGAACUGAUCCAGGGCGGUGCAUCGGAGAACUGUUUGGCCAUCUUGAACAACUUCUACGAUGACGGUGUCCACUGGCAUGAUGUCGCCUGCCACCAUGUGAAGCCGUGGGUGUGCGAAGAGAACGAUGCGCUGCUGAAGUACGUGAAGUACAGCAACCCGAACCUGCGCAUUUAA